GUAAAUUUUGGGUAAAAAAUAAAUAAAAUGUUUCCUGGUACAAAAUGAACUGAUUUUCUAAACAUCAUGCUGUACGAAUCAUUUCAUUGAUUCUUUACACAAUCAGUUUUAAAAUGCCAGGGGUGAAGAAAAAAGAUCUUUAUCUGGCAAAAGAUAUAACAAGCCUCAAUAAAUACUGUGAGGUGGGGAGCCAAAAAAUAACAAGUGCAAGACUUGGCGUGAAAUCUGCAGAUAAACUGUUCAAGAAUGGGCAAGAGAGUGACAUGCUGGGAGAUGAGGAGAGGGCAUAUGUAUUGUUUAUGCGCUACUUUGACUGCAUCCAGAACAUCAAAAAGACAGCAGACUACAAGAAGAAUGAACAAUACUAUAGGGAUUUAAUGGGGACAAAAAACCUUCUGAAAGCAAUGGAUGAGGCUGAGAGGUUACAAGAGUCUCUCAAAAAGAGGUAUGAGGAACGUGAGGCUGAAGAGAUAGUAAAGAAACUGGAUGCUCUAGACAUGCAACAGGAAGAAAAUUCCAAGAAACAACAAGAACAAGAUGCAAUUGAGGCAGAGAAGAUUAAGGCUGCUGAAAUAAUUAUUCAAGAUAAAGUAACAGCUGAAGCUGGCGUGAUUACCCCUCAACAGUUGUACACUUUACUGACUGAUGGCACCACUAGUCUGCUUGUUAUAGACACCCGAUCAGAGAAAGAAUUUCAAGAGUCACAUCUCAAUAUAGAACAGUGUAUCAGUAUACCCAGUGACAUCAUUCCAUCUGGGACUACUGUUACUUACAUAGAAAAGGCUCUACCAACAGCCUCAAAGGUUUUAUGGGACCUUCGUGACCAGGUGGAUCAGAUUGUGCUCAUGGACUGGAAGAGUGCAGCUAAAGGACUCAGUACUGGAUCAGUGCUUAAAACACUUAAGGAUGCUCUUUAUAAGUUUGAUGCAAGUAAAUGUAUCAAGGUAGAGCCAUGUGUUCUAGAUGGAGGCUAUGAUAAUUGGCUCCUGUACUAUCCCACUAUGACUACAAAUGCUAAUAUUCCUAGACCCCCUUCAUACAGCGAUGCAGUCUCUCCUAUCCCAUCAUUGGACUUUGAUUAUCCAGACUUUGACACAGCUUUUAUGGAGACCCCUAAACCAGAAGUGAAACCUCCCCCUCAACCCACCAAACCAGCUACUAUAGAGAACAUCACUACACCUAGCAAUUUGAUUUUAAACAAUACUGCACUAAACAAUUCAAAGCCUAACAAUGUCAUCUCGAACACUACAGCACAAGUAACUGUGAAGCAUAUUCCUACUGUUAAUCGAUCAUUAAAGCCUCAAGAGGCCCAAGCUUCUAAACCAAUGAACGCACAGCCCACGAACAAUUCAACAAGAACAUCAGAUCUUGAAUCAUUGCGUAAAGAACUACGAACUGAUGAUAAGAAUAUCAUGGAGGGAAAUGAAAGUGAAAUGAAGACACAAGUGAAAGCGCGGCCUAACAUGCCUGACAGAUCUAGUAAGCCUUCUGAUGUUCCUAAGGACAUUAUAAAUGACCUAUCGAGUAAAAAGGUGCUUAAUACAGAGGUCACAAGAGAACUUAUUGAGGCUCAAGAGACCAGAAAGACAAAGGAAGAGGAACUCUUGGAUUAUAAAACUGCUGGGAAUAUUGCAGAUACAACACAUCAAAUGACCCUAAGUCGACUCCAAGAAGACCAGAAAAGGGCUGAUGAAAUGCAACGAAGAUCAAAGGAAGAGGCAAAGAACUAUGCUGACCUGCUCCGCAAAAAGCGUCAAAUAGAGGAAGAAAUAAAAGUAGAGAAAGAAAAGUGGGAGACCGAGAAACAAAAGAGACAAGAAGAGGAAGCUAAAAGACUGGCUGAAAUUGAGCGACUGAGGAAACUAGAGGAAGAGAAGCGAGAGGCACAAACUGAGGUAGAUCAACUGAGAAUAGAGAGAAAGAGGAAAGAAAAUGAAGGGAGGAAGAAACAAGAAGAAUUAGACCAGGCAAAGUUAAUUGCAGCACAAGAGGCUGCAUCUGAGAAGGCAAAAGAGGCUGAAAGACAGAAGAUGGAAGAAGAUCUCAAGACACAACUGAAACUGGAACAGGAGAGAAAAAUACAACAGCAGAAACUUAUAGAUGAAAGCAUUCGCCUACAAGAAAAACUUAAAGCAGAGAAAGAAGCUAAUGAACGAAAGAGACGUGAAGAGGAAGACAAGAGAAUUGCCAAAGAAAAGAGUGAUAAAGAAAAACAAGACAGAUUAAGAAAAGUUGAACCUGAGAUAAAAUUGCCAACUGGAUGGGAGAGAAAAUGGGAUGAAAAAUCACAGAAAUAUUUCUUUGUCAAUCACACCAAGGGGACAACCCAAUGGGAGCCUCCAAGCAUUUCUACAACAGUAAACAAACCUGUCCCCUCUAUUACAAAAACACGAUUACGAGAUGAGAAUGAUACACCGAGGAAAGGUUCAAAUCUUGCAAGAUCCCAUUCAUCACCAAACAUAGCACAAAUGUUAGAGGAUGAAGCGCUUCAUAAACCUAUUCCAAAGUUUGAGAGAUUCAGCAAGCCAACUGAAGAAAAACCUAAGAUGACCAGACAGCAACCCAUUGUGAGCCUCAACUCUGCAAGGGUGCGAAACCUUCAACCAACUUAUGGAAGCACGGGCAGAGGACUGACUGGUCUGAGGAACAUGGGAAACACAUGCUACAUGAGCACAUGUAUACAAUGCCUCAGUAACACCCCUGCCUUGACAGCUUACUUCCUGGCAGAUUAUUACAAAGAAGACAUCAACAGGGAGAACAAACUGAGCAAGAAUGGUGAGCUUGCGGAGGAGUAUGGCGUUCUAUGUAAAGCACUAUGGCAGGGACAAUACAGAUCUAUUACUCCCAUUGAUUUUAAGUGUACAGUGGAUAAGUACUUUCAACCCCUGUUUGGAGGGUUUAGUCAACAAGACUCCCAGGAACUUCUUGUAUUUCUGUUAGAUGGAAUACAUGAAGAUUGCAAUAGAGUGAAAAAUAGGCCUCAAGCAAAGGAAGAUGACUUUAGUGGUCAACCUGAUCAUACAGCAGCAGAGAAGGCGUGGCAGGUCCACAAACAAUUCAAUCAGUCAAUCAUGGUAGAACUAUUCCAGGGGCAGUUGAAAUCCACACUUACUUGUCUAACCUGUGGUAAAACAUCAGUGAAGUUUGAUGUAUUCAUGUACAUCACUCUCCCUGUUCCAACUUCAAGAAGCUGUUCUUUACAGGAUUGUUUCAAGCUAUUCCUUAAAGAGGAAAAAAUGACAGGUGAUAGUCGAUGGAACUGCCCAAGAUGCAAAUGUAAGAGAGAUGCGAUCAAGAAAAUAGAUAUCUGGAAAACUCCACCAGUUUUGAUUAUUUGUCUCAAAAGGUUCUGGUUUGAUAGUCAUCAAUUUAGGCAGAAGAUAACUACAACAGUUGACUUUCCACUGAGGGAUAUGUCAUUGAACGGUAUCAUACAGGGCCCUAAGAGGACAAAGCCUUACAACUUAUACGCAGUUUCAAACCACUAUGGCACAAUGGAAGGAGGUCAUUAUACUGCCUUUAGCAGGAAUAGCUUGACAGAACGCUGGCAUAGGUUUGAUGAUCACAUGGUUUCAGAUAUGUCUGAGAGAGAAGUUAAGACUUCAGCUGCAUAUAUACUUUUCUACAAUGUUCCCAUGGAGGUUAGGUUCUGAGGUCAGGAUUGAGAAACUUGUGUGACAUGCUACUGAACAGUGGACAUUGUAAAAGGCCUACUGUUGAAGGUGACAUAAUGUUGCCAAGUACAGUAAAACUUUUUAAAUUGAACACCUCUGUUAGUGGAACUAAUUCAUGAGUGGAACACUUUUAUAGCUCUAUGACCAAUGGCCUUAAUAUCAAAUG